GGACGAAGCACACUUUCAAAGUUCCGAAGUAGUGAUUAUCUCCCCUCGCCGCCAUGUUGGUUCCAGAGCACGCCUGCGAGAUGCCAGUGGAUAACAAGUUGUGCUAGUGCAGCUGUAUAAAUAAUUCCUGAAGUCUCAGUGUAACAUGGAUGUAACAUUAACAGUGAUGAUGACAUAUAAAUACAGAUGCUUGGAAAUUUAAGUACUAGGCGGAACACUUGAGAAGAGAGGUGUUUAAGAGGUUCUAGUAUUCUCCGAGGCUGAAGCUGAGAGUCUGAAAGCCCGAAGCCGAAACUCAAUUGUAGAUCAUAGCUCCAUCUCCUUCAGGAUAUAAAGAAAAGAAAUAAUAUUUCCACAAUGAUAGAUCUUUGGUUGUACAGGUUUCCCAAUGAGUGGAUCAUGAUGACCGUAUGGUAGGGACUUGCCAUAGUAUGGCUGCUUCCCGAUCUACUCGUGUUACAAGAUCAACAGUGGGGUUAAACGGCUUGGAUGAAUCUUUUUGUGGUAGAACUUUAAGGAAUCGUAGCAUUGCUCACCCAGAAGAAAUCUCUUCUCAUUCUCAAGUACGAUCAAGAUCACCAAAGAAGAGACCAGAGCCUGUGCCAAUUCAGAAAGGAAAUAAUAACGGAAGAACUUCUGAUGUAAAACAGCAGAGUGCUCGAGAAUCGUGGGUAAGCCCUAGGAAAAGAAGACUUUCUUCUUCGGAAAAGGAUGACCUAGAAAGACAGGCCCUAGAGAGUUGUGAGAGAAGGCAGACAGAGCCAGCACUGCCAGUCUUAAAGAACAUUAAACGCUGUCUUAGAGCCGAAGCCACAAACAGUUCAGAAGAAGAUUCACCUGUAAAAUCAGACAAGGAGCCAGUAGAACACAGGAGGACAGUAGUGGACCAUGAUGCAGACUUUCAAGGGGCUAAACGAGCUUGUCGAUGUCUUAUAUUGGAUGAUUGUGAGAAAAGGGAAGUUAAAAAGGUGAAUGUCAGUGAGGAAGGGCCACUUAAUGCUGCAGUAGUAGAAGAAAUCACAGGCUAUUUGACUGUCAAUGGUGUUGAUGACAGUGACUCAGCUGUUAUAAACUGUGAUGACUGUCAGCCUGACGGGAACACUAAACAAAAUAACCCUGGUUCCUGUGUGCUACAGGAAGAAUCAGUAGUUGGAGAUGGGGAUUCGGAAACCCAGACUUCAGUGUUCUGUGGGAGUAGGAAGGAAGACAGUUGUAUAGACCAUUUCGUGCCUUGCACAAAGUCAGAUGUGCAGGUCAAGUUGGAGGACCACAAACUAGUAACUGCCUGCCAGCCUGUGGAACGACGUAAUCAGUUGACUGCUGAGUCAGCUUCAGGCCUUGUUUCUGAAAUUCAGUCAUCCUUAAGAGAUUCUGAGGAAGAAGUAGAUGUGGUGGGAGAUAGCAGUGCCUCCAAAGAGCAGUGUAAUGAGAACAGCAGUAACCCUCUGGACGCGGGUUCUGAAUGCAUGCCAGUCUCUGGAGAGCCAGAACUAUCCUCUAUCCUAGACUGUGUUUCAGCUCAGAUGACAUCUUUAUCAGAACCUCAAGAACAUCGAUACACCCUGAGAACCUCACCUCGAAGGGCGGCCCUGACCAGAGGUAGUCCCACUAAAAACACAUCUCCUUACAGAGAAAAUGGACAAUUUGAGGAGAAUAAUCUCAGUCCCAAUGAAACAAACACAACUGUUAGUGAUAAUGUAAGUGAGUCUCCCAGAAAUCCUGUCGAAAUUUCUCAAGAUGCAAAGGUUCUAUGUUGUGACUCUGAAAACUAUGGAAGUGAAGUACUAAGUAAGCCACCCUCAGAAGCCAGAAUGAAUAUUGGACAUUUGCCAUCUGCCAAAGAGAGUGCCAGUCAGCACACUGCGGAAGAGGAAGAGGAUGACCCUGAUGUUUAUUACUUUGAAUCAGAUCAUGUGGCACUGAAACACAACAAAGACUAUCAGAGACUGCUACAGACCAUUGCUGUACUUGAGGCUCAGCGAUCUCAAGCAGUGCAAGACCUGGAGAGUUUAGGCAAACACCAGAGAGAAGCUCUAAAAAAUCCUAUUGGAUUUGUGGAGAAACUUCAGAAGAAGACUGAUAUAGGGCUUCCAUACCCACAGAGAGUUGUUCAGUUACCUGAAAUCAUGUGGGACCAGUAUACCAAUAGUCUUGGGAACUUUGAAAGAGAAUUUAAACAUCGCAAAAGACAUACUAGGAGAGUUAAGUUAGUUUUUGAUAAAGUGGGGUUGCCUGCUAGACCAAAAAGUCCUUUAGAUCCUAAGAAGGAUGGAGAGUCUGUUUCAUACUCUAUGUUGCCUUUGAGUGAUGGUCCGGAAGGCUCCCAUAGUCGUCCUCAGCCUUUUUAUAUGCAGAUGAUAAGAGGUCGUCUGUGUGAUGACAGCAAACCUGAGACCUUCAACCAGCUGUGGACCGUCGAAGAGCAGAAAAAACUCGAACAGCUACUCCUGAAAUAUCCUCCUGAAGAAGUAGAAUCUCGGCGGUGGCAGAAGAUUGCUGAUGAACUGGGCAACCGGACAGCCAAACAGGUUGCCAGUCGUGUACAGAAGUAUUUCAUAAAGCUAACUAAAGCCGGCAUACCAGUUCCAGGCAGAACACCUAACUUAUAUAUAUACUCCAGAAAGUCCUCAACAAGCAGGCGACAGCACCCCCUUAAUAAGCACCUCUUUAAACCUUCUACUUUUAUGACUUCACAUGAGCCACCAGUGUACAUGGAUGAAGAUGAUGACCGGUCCUGUCUCCAUAGCCACAUGAGCACUGCUGUUGAGGAAGCCUCAGAUGAAGAAAGCAUUCCUAUCAUAUAUAGGAAUUUACCUGAAUAUAAAGAACUAUUACAGUUUAAAAAGUUAAAAAAGCAGAAACUUCAACAAAUGCAAGCAGAAAGUGGGUUUGUGCAACAUGUUGGCUUUAAGUGUGAUAACUGUGGUGUAGAACCUAUCCAAGGUGUCCGGUGGCACUGCCAGGAUUGUCCUCCAGAAAUGUCUUUGGAUUUCUGUGACUCUUGUUCAGACUGCCCACAUGAAACAGAUAUUCACAAGGAAGACCACCAGUUAGAACCUGUUUAUAAGUCGGAGACGUUCUUAGACAGAGACUACUGUGUGUCCCAGGGCACCAGUUAUAGUUAUCUGGACCCCAACUACUUCCCAGCCAACAGAUGACAUGGGGGAGUGUCAGCACUAGUCCUCGUUAACACAGCGGUGGCAUCACUGUGGAUGGUGUGCACGGUGUAGACACUCGCAGCAUGAGCGCUCCCCGAGUGUUCUCGUCCAGUACAGCUCUGCACUGUGUGGCUGCAGACCAGCAGCUGAACAUUCCUGGUGAGCCGAGAGAGUUUUCCCAGUGAAAUUUUCACCACUAACUUACAGCCUUGUAGGCGGUGAUGUUAAAUGGGUGAGGUGGAAACAAGGGCACGUAUUAAUGCCAGAGUCAAUUCCAAAGGUUUUAAAGACCUCGGUCAUAAAUAUGAUAAUGAAAGACAAAGUAUUUAUAUUAAAUCAGUUCAGUAGCUUUCAGUUUUGUGAAGAUAGUUUUCAGCACAGAAGCAGACUUAGAGACGAAGUUUUAACAGUGAUGGUGUUUGCUUCUAGGAUGUGUGCUCUAAAGAACUCACUGUCUGGUGGUCACUGACGGCCUGUAGUAGACUGGAGCUGCUUAACGGUUUGAUACCUAACUUUAAUCACGAUGAACUGUCCUUACCAAGAGCAAAGCGAGACAUAGCUGUGGCUUUGCCUCUGUCACCAGCUCAUGGGGUGUGAUGUCAUGAAGUUGUCAUGCAGAUAAUUUUCAAUGUCGUGUUAUAUGAGAUGAUCAUGUGAUGUGUACAGACUAUGUGGAGGAGUGCCAGUGGUAGUAACAGUAAAGUCUGACUCACACCAUUAAUCCCUUUAAAGUGCACAGCCUCCUGCCUCUGUGUGGAGUUGUCAGGACAGCUCGUCAAAGAAAACUGCCUAAUAUAAAAGUCAUAUAUAUGGUGAUAAUUCUUCCCUCUUUUGUAGUCUGCACAAGAUCCAUAAAAGAUUGUAUUUUUAUUACUAUUUAACGAGUGAUUAAAUGUAGUCUGCACAGUGAGUAAGAGUUCACAAUUCUUUUAUACUGCUGGAUUUUGUUGUGCAUCAUUUAAAACAUUUUGUAUGUUUCUUAUCUGUGUAUACAGUAUGUUCUUGAAUAAUGUUCAUUUGUCAGGAGAACUGUGAGAAAUAAACUAUGUGGAUAUGUUUGUUUAUAUUAUAGAAAGCUUGUUGUGGAUUCCUUUGGGUCAGAUUUCGAUUUCUCUUUUCAACAAGUGAUAAAAGUAGAAUUUAUAAUUUAAAAGUCUGUUUUUCAUUUGUAUUCACUCUCUGUUCUUUAUAAAGGGUGAAGAUGUAUUGUGUUAGUGUUCUCAUGUAGUGUGCUGAAUUGCACAGUAGGGUGCUGACUAAUGUCCAGAUGUGAAACCUAAAUAUAAGUCAAAAUUUUAUUCUAGUAGUUUUUUUUUCUUAAUAAAAUUAAGUACCUAUGUGUUGAAACAGGUGGUUUCCAAAAAUUAUCAAAAAAAGAAAAGAUAGUAUAUAUUCUGUGGUAGAUGGAGUAUUAAUACUAGUCUAGUUUUUAACAUUAGUUUUUCCUGUUUUUAAGUUCAGGGAAUAUUAUUUACUAAUUCUUUUCAAUACUCAACAAGGUAUUAAGAUCUACCCUGAAUUUUUUAAUUAAGAAAAAUAUAGAAUUUUAAAUACAGAAAUGAAAUUUAAAUAAUAUAUUGAUUAUAUAUCACUGGUCAUAUUGAUACAAUCUAUUGUAUUCAGAAAAGAUGACAAGUUUUUAUCUCUGAGUUAUUAGUGAAGGAGAGGCAGUUGAACCAUCGAUGUAUCUCUAUACUAAAUGCUCAGUGCACAUGCUGAAGGGCUUCUUUCCAUCUGCAGUAUGCAGGGCAGUUGUACUUGUCUGUAUAGAAAUAGCACCAGAGAGUUGUUCAGACCCAUCCAGAAAUCCAUGGAGGUGAACUACAGCGUGGAGGGGUAUGGGCGGGACAGUUUAACAUCCACGAGAGCAGACAAACCUGUUGGAAUGCAUUUUAAGACUGGGGUAGUAAUGUGGGAUUUUCCUGUUUGAACAUGUAAUAGAAUUAUUUGGACUUUUUCAGCUGUAAGCACACUGUCUCUGUGGCUUGCUGGGAAUAAUUCCUAGUGUUUUAUUUGAGGAUUGCAGACGUAGACAGGUUGUUCUUUGCAAGUAGACCCUUCAUCUCUCUUCCAAGGAAUUCUGGCUGCUGUCAGACUUGAGAAGUGGUGUCUUUAAGUCUCUUAGUAGGUCAGAUUUAUGGUAUAUGAUGUUCAAGUUGUUUGCUAUAAUUGGAGGAACAUUUAAUAACACCGGAAGCGAGUGCUCUGAGGUUAGGGAGAGGAGUUUCCUUUAAUGUGUUGCACAGAUAGCAAAUGCCGAUUUAGCACCUCCUGUGCACAAAGCAUGCUUGUGGCAAUGCAUUGGACUCUCAGCCCAAUGAAGCAGGCUCAUUUAUUCCCCUGCCUUCAUGGGAGAGCUAUCCAGAAAAUAGUCAAAUGACUCACCCAGGGUCAUAUUGGUAGGGAGGUGGUAAGACUUUGUCUUUAACCAAGAUGGAUCUCUUUGUCACGCUUGGUUUCCCAAGCAAGAACACCUCCAUUGUCAGGUUUUUCAUGCCUUUUUUCUCGUGGAGUGCUGGAGUACGAACCUGAGCACAUGUCCAUGUUUGUAACACAAGAGAGAGGGGCUCGCGUGUGGCUGGGAAAGUGCCAGUUUGUCCCACCGUUGUGACUCCUGUGAGCACACACCCCUCUCCAUGGCCUCUCACCCAGUCCCAUGGUAUUCCUGGACUCUUCUCCCCCCUUUCAGUUACAUUAAAUCACAGAACAUGGUUACUGAGGUGCUAGGAAUGGAUUUUAGAGGCUGACAGAAAAUGGCACACAACUGUAAUAGAUAAUUUCCCUUAAACAGCUCUGUGAGAUACGCUGUAUAAGCCUUCUUACUCUGGAUAGCUAGGUUUAAAACCUACUGGUCUGGGUGCACUGGAGGGAACUGGGAGUUUCCAGUACGUUACCCAAGAGCAAAGGUUACUGCUAUUCAUGUGAUCUCAGAAAAACAAAGCCCACUUCUAGGGUUUAUGUACCUGUUAAAUGGGUUGAUUUCUGAGAAUCGGGUCAUGUUAUGCUUCAUGAGAACAGUUGAUGUCUGUAUCUCGACUGACUUUUUAACAGAUUCUCUAUAAAUAUUUGUUGGUUAUAUGACCCAAUAUUUUGAUAAGUUAUACUUUGUUCUUUAGAGAGUACUGGGGUCCAGUGCAGGUGCUAGUGACUCUUUAAAAGCCUGUCACGUGUGGUCCCUUGACAUGCCCUGGAGGACAGCCUUUGUACCCUGCCUUACAUGGAGGAUGUGGUUAGCCAAUCAGAUCAUGUAUUGUGGGUGUGACUCUGUCAUGUUUGCUGUGACAUUUUGGGUCUUAUUUCCAGUUGGGGAAGUUAAGUACCCUUGACUGAGUUCUAGGAACUAGUAACUGGAGCCUUUCUAAUCAUAUCUGGGAAAAGUGAGGCAGUGGGAAAGAAAACAGAAGUGGCAGAUGUGUGUGUGUGUGGGGGGGGGGGGUCCUGCAAGAGAAAAGCCAGGCCUUGUGGAGCUUGUAGACAACAGGAGACAAUGAUGUGCAAAUAAAUGUAAGGAAAGAAAAUGAUAUUUGAAGAAAGUAAUGCUGGAGUAUGAGGAACCCUGUCCCUUUAGUCUGAAUGGCUGAGCAGCCCUCACGGCCGUUCUGGGAAGUGGCGUGUGGAUCAGUUUUCGGAAGGAGGCAUGAGCCCUGGCGCCACUGGAAGGCCCUGGAGCCGGGGACUAGCUGGCUUUCCCCGGGCAGCUUGGAAGACAGGCAGUGUGUGUGGCUUGGACCAAAUGAAGGGGGUCAGGGAGGCACAGCCUUGUUUAGGUUCAGCCUUGAACACGGGAGUUUACACUUGUGUUCUGAAGUUGUCUGCACACACAACCUUCUGCUCGGCAGAAACUACUACAGUCUAUUCAUAUUUUUAAAUCCUGUGACCUUAUGUGACUUGGAGCAAUUCACACGGGCAAUGUGUGUCUUAGCUGUUCUGUGGAGAACCAACUUGCAUUCCAGGUACUGAUUUCUGUUGAAGGUUUCUAGGCUGCUUGUCUGCUGCCUCAUUGCCUCCAGCUGUGGGUGCAGAGCUGUGGGUGUAGGUGUGCCAGUGUGUGUUGUGUGUCCCAGGGCUGUGGUGCAGGUGUGCCAGCAUGUGUUGUGUGUGCAGAGCUGUGGGUGCAGGUGUGCCAGCGUGUGUUGUUUGUGCAGAGCUGUGGUGCAGGUGUGCCAGAGUGUGUCGUGUAUCCCAGGGCUGUGGUGUAGGUGUGCCAGUGUGUGUUGUGUGCCCAAGACUGUGGUGUAUGUGUGCCAGUGUGUGUUGUGUGUCCAGGGCUGUGGUGCAGGUGUGCCAGUGUGUGUUGUGUGUCCCAGGGCUGUGGUGCAGGUGUGCCAGUGUGUGUUGUGUGUCCCAGGUCUAUAGUGCAGGUGUGCCAGUGUGUGUUGUGUGUCCCAGGUCUAUAGUGCAGGUGUGCCAGUGUGUGUUGUGUGUCCAGGGCUGUGGUGCAGGUGUGCCAGUGUGUGUUGUGUGUCCAGGGCUGUGGUGCAGGUGUGCCAGUGUGUGUUGUGUGUUAGGUUGUCAUCCUCUAGUGGCUCUUUUCAUUCUGGCUCUAACGUUUGUGCUCCCUGUCAGUGACUCUUAGGCUAGUGUAAGCAUGUCCCAGCUGUGUGAGUUCAGGAGCAUGACGCACCCCUUCUGGUAAUAGAGGCCUAAUUGUAACCAAAGAACUUAGUUUCUUGUCUAACACACACUAACAUUUCUGUUUAGGAAACAAUGCUAGGGAAAAAAAUAUGAAAAUGACCAUGUAUCAUGAAUACAUUAACAAUUUCUCUGUAAUAGCUCAAAUCUGAUCUGUGGCCAAAGCUUAAAUCACAUAAGUGGAUCCUAAGUUUAACCUAUUUACUGUGUUUGCUUCUGUUUGGAAUGAAAGCUUUCAAAUGCUUUCCAGAAUGAUGUGAGUUACAAAUAAAUAGAGAAAGAAUCA